AUGGCGAAUCCGCGCGUGUACUUCGACGUGUCGAUCGCGGGAGAGCCGGAGGGUCGCGUGGUGAUGGAGCUCUUCAAAGACGCCGCGCCCAAGACGGGCUGCCCCUUCCAUCGAGUCAUCAAGGGUUUCAUGAUGCAAGGGGGGGACUUUUCCAACAAGAACGGCACAGGAGGCGAAUCAAUUUACGGGGAGAAGUUCGAGGACGAGCCUGGGGGUCUUGCGCUCAAGCAUGAUAAGCGUGGGAUUCUAUCCAUGGCGAACAGCGGGCCUGGCACGAACGGCAGUCAGUUCUUUGUCACAUAUGGGCCCACGCCGCAUCUCGAUGGCAAGCACUGCGUGUUUGGCAGGGUGCUGAGAGGAGGACAGGUGCUUCGAGCGGUGGAGAUCACACCUACGGACGGUUCAGAUCGUCCGUUGAGCGAUGUUGUUAUCGACGACUGCGGCGAGCUGGCAGAGGGGGAGGACGACGGCACCAUGAACCACCCUGAUGGAGACAAAUACCCCGACUGGCCCAGUGACUUGGAUGAGAGACCCACGGAGUGGCAGUGGUGGGUGGAAGCAGUCAAAUCAAUUAAGGACCUUGGCACCACGCACUUCAAGAAUGGUGACUACCGCAUGGCAUUCCGGCGAUACCGCAAGGCCAUGGUGUAUUUGGACAAGGCAUGGGACAUGAAGGACAUCCCAGGAGAGACCCUAGAGGAGCUCCACACCAUACGAGAUGCCCUUCUAAACAACUACGCGGUGAGGGGCGGGCAGUGGGGUGUUGUGAAGGUGAAGGGUGGUGAGGAGCUGUGGUGUGUGUGA